CAUAAUAAUCCUUCAGAAAUCAAAAAAUAGAAGAAGAAGAAGAAGAAAAAAAGAAAGAGUUCUGAAAAACAGAAAAGCUAAGCAGAGAUGAGCUUAUGCCCGUACGGUUCCGUCAUUCAACCACCGCCACUAACUCAACAACAACAACACCGCCACUAUCCAAUCCCUCUUCUUCGCCAUCCUUUACUAUGCCGCUCAACCCCUCUCUUUCUCACUCCCAAUCACACCCUCAUCUCCUCCACCACAACCACCACCACCUCCGUUCUGCACCGCGACCUCGGAGCUGAACUCGCCGCCCCUGACUCCAACGACGCCGUUUCAAACCCCGCAACUGAGUUGCUGGACGCACCACCGCAGCAGCAAAAUGAAGAAGAAGAACCAGCUCCGCAACCGCAAGUAACGAGGUUCAGAAAGAAGAAAGAAGAACAGCAAGACAACGGAGACACCUUCGAUAACCGUUACAAGCUCCGUAAUGGAAGGGAGGUUUUGGAAGAGAAAGCGUACCUUGUCGGCGUUGAGUGGAAGGGUGAUGAUGUUGAGGACUCUUUUGGUGUGCAAGAAUCUCUGAGUGAAUUGGCACAGUUAGCUGACACUGCUGGAUUGUUGGUUGUUGGCUCUACUCACCAGAAGCUUGCUUCUCCAAACCCUAGGACGUACAUUGGCUCCGGCAAGGUUUCUGAAAUUAAGAGUGCAAUUCAUGGGUUGGAUGUUGAAACUGUAAUCUUUGAUGAUGAGUUGUCAGCUGGGCAAUUGCGCAACUUGGAAAAGAUUUUUGGUGGAGAUGUGAGAGUUUGUGAUCGAACUGCUCUUAUCCUUGAUAUAUUCAAUCAGCGAGCAGCCACACAUGAAGCAUCUUUACAGGUUUCAUUAGCACAAAUGGAAUACCAACUUCCUCGUCUAACAAAAAUGUGGACUCAUCUUGAGCGUCAAGCAGGAGGAAAGGUCAAGGGUAUGGGUGAAAAACAAAUUGAAGUGGACAAACGUAUUUUGCGUAACCAAAUUGGUGUUCUCAAGAAAGAACUAGAAUCCGUCAGGAAACAUCGAAAGCAGUACCGUAACAGGCGUUUUUCAAUUCCUGUGCCAGUGGUAUCCUUGGUUGGUUACACAAAUGCUGGUAAGAGUACGCUUUUGAAUCAAUUAACUGGAGCAGAUGUUCUUGCCGAGGAUAAAUUAUUUGCAACUUUAGAUCCAACUACGAGGAGGGUACAGAUGAAGAAUGGAAAGGAGUUUCUCCUAACAGACACUGUUGGUUUUAUUCAGAAGUUGCCUACAACACUAGUUGCUGCCUUCAGAGCUACGCUGGAGGAGAUAUCAGAGUCAUCACUUUUGGUGCAUGUGGUUGAUAUCAGUCACCCCCUGGCUGAGCAACAGAUAAAUGCUGUGGACAAAGUUCUCUCAGAACUAGAUGUAUCACCAAUUCCAAGAUUGAUGGUCUGGAACAAGGUUGAUAAGGCUAGUGAUCCUCAGAAAAUCAGACUUGAUGCUGAAAAAAGAGAAGAUGUUAUAUGCAUAUCUGCUCUAACUGGCGAAGGGUUACAAGAAUUCUGUAAUGCAGUUCAAGACAAACUAAAGGACUCCAUGGUAUGGGUAGAGGCUUUGUUACCAUUUGAAAAUGGGGACCUUCUCAGCACCAUACACCAGGUUGGAAUGGUUGAGAAAACUGAAUAUACAGAGCAAGGGACAUAUAUCAAAGCUCAUGUGCCCCUACGUUUUGCAAGAUUGCUUACACCCAUGAGGCAAAUGUGUGUAUCACGACCUUAACAUAAGCAUAUAAAUUUUAUGUUACACUUCCAUAAUUAUUUGCCAUUAGGUAAUGUAGAAAAUGUAAUAUAGUUUUGCAUCAUUUAUGUUUGAAGUCAUGGGUGAGGGAAACGAGAAAUAGUAGCUUGCAGCAUAACAUGUCUCAUAAAGUUGUACAUAUAUGUAUGUAUGUAACCAUUGGAGUCAUUCUCAAGCCCUUGAAAAUGGAGACUCUAUUGAAGGAUGGCAAUGCGACUGCAGUUUGCCAUAACAUAUCUUUGCUUUGUCUUUAUACAAUAUUUAGUUAUUAACA